AUAUCACUGAGUCGCUCCCAGUGACGCUUGACUCAUUCCUCUUCCCAUAAGCUUUUCAUGUUGUUAUCAUCAAUGGAGAUAAUAGGGUUUUAGCUAAGGAAAAAACAAAAAGCAAUUCGCUUAAAACAUUUUUAAAUGUCGUCGCUGACGUUGAAACCAACAUUUCUCUUGCAAUCUUACGGUUCUUCGUCUGUUGAUAAUCGACGGCUUUGUUCUUUAAUUAGCUUCCAGAAGAAGAAAACAUUUCGCAAACAAAGAUUUACUUUGAGAGCUCAAUCCUUCGAUUCAUCUCAAAAAAACAACGAAAAUGACAGUAAAAACGAGUCGAAACCUCCCAACGGCUCUAUGCAAAAGAGCAGAAGGGAAAUUCUAUUGGAGUAUGUACAAAAUGUACAACCAGAAUUCAUGGAGUUGUUUGUCAAAAGGGCCCCACAACAGGUAGUUGAUGCGAUGCGCCAAACUGUGACAAAUAUGAUUGGAACUUUACCUCCACAAUUUUUUGCCAUUACUGUAACCACGGUGGCUGAAAAUCUUGCUCAGCUUAUGUAUAGUGUGUUGAUGACUGGAUAUAUGUUUAGGAAUGCUCAAUUUCGACUAGAAUUGCAAGAAAGCCUGGAACAGGCUGCCCUUCCUGAAGCACAGGAGGAAAAGGAUUCACCAGAUUAUGCAUCAGGUACCCAGAAAAAGGUGACUGGAGAAGUCAUAAGGUGGAAUAAUGUAACAGGCCCUGAGAAAAUAGACGCUUUGAAGUAUAUUGAGUUACUUGAAGCAGAAGUAGAAGAAUUGAAUCGUCAAAUGGAAAGGAAAUCUGGUAGCGGUUAUAACGAGCUGUUGGAAUAUCUGAAGNGUUAUAAUGAGCUGUUGGAAUAUCUGAAGACUCUUGAGCCCCAAAAUAUCAAGGAGCUGACCAGUACGGCUGGAGAAGAUGUUGUGCUCGCCAUGAAUUCAUUCAUUAAGCGUCUCUUAGCUGUUUCAGAUCCUAGUCAAAUGAAGACUAGUGUAACAGAGACAAGUGCCCCAGAACUUGCCAAACUGCUAUAUUGGCUCAUGGUGGUUGGUUAUAGCAUACGGAAUAUUGAAGUCCGCUUUGACAUGGAACGGGUACUGGGUACUCCUCCAAAGCUCGCUGAGCUGCCUCCCGGUGAAAAUAUUUAGACACAUAUAACAAGUGUCUAUUAUAGCAAGCAUAAAGAGUUGAAGCAACAUGCCUUUUGAUGAGCUUUUGUUGUUCGAGAGGGGUCAAUAUUAAGCUUGUACGACUAUCUGGGAGGACUACAGCCAAAAUUGGUUUUAGUGGCAUUUUCUUCAUUCACCUCCCCCCCCCCCUGUUAUUCUCAGAUUGAGAGCAUCUUAUACAAGAAGCUGUACUAAAAAUUGAUACACAGUACAAAUGAUGUAAGUUAUUCUGAUUCCUCACCCUCAAAAUUGUACCUCUCCGUUGACGGGAAUGAGAACUUGUAUUCCAGAAGAACUAGCUUCCUGA